UGGUCUGUAACACGGAUAACGGAGGUUAGUGUCGGCUGAUAGCAGUGUAUAUAUUUGCAAUAUAGUGUUUCUCAAAUUAUGUGCCGCCACAUUAAAUUUUGAGUUGAAGAAUAUAUCACAGUGAUUUAUAAAGUGUGGUAAUAGCAGUGAGAUAUUAUUCAGAUUUGUGUUGUGAUUUCGUCGGCACGUGAUGGCUCUGAAGAACCCCAGUUUCACGUUCAGUUUUGCUGUUUUCUCUGGCUGUACCAAACCACUUAUCGAAGAGGGUAAGAAAAAUGGAUCCAUUGAGAGGUACACAGAAAAGCACUAGGAGGGAACCGGCUGAAAGGAAUUCGUUGCUCGAACUUCGGUCCAAACGCUAACUGCUCUCACAUUCGACGCUCUGCAUGCUGCAACUUCGACCAGAAUCUUCAAAGUUCUUCUUUGCCUUCAACAUUUUAAUAUAGGAGGAUGGUUUGUGUAUCAAACCUACAAAACAAAAUACAUGCUGGGUCAGACAGUGAAGACAGAUGUUAUUGAUCACAGGAAGAAAGCAGAUUAUAUAUAUAUCAAUGAUCCUCAGUUCCAGUUGCUGUAUGAGAAAAAGCGGGCAUAUGAUCAGGAGAGGAGCACAAAGCAAAAACUGUCCUGGUUUCCAUCCUUUCUGAAGUUUUGGAGGUCACUGGAGCAAUCAUACUCAUGGCAGUUAAUAGCAAUGGCACAAACUGGAGACAGAAAUGACAGAUUGAAGGCUGUUCAGCUGCUUGCUAAACUGAAGAGCAUGAAAGAUUGGGACUACCAACAUGUGGCCCAAAUGUGUGAUGCUCGUACAGCAGUGGGGCUUGCUCGCACAGAGGGAAUAGACUUGCGGUUUUUCCUGAAACCCCCUUAUUGGCACUUAUCUCCAACCAAAGAGGCGUUAAUGGGCAAUAUGUACAGUCUUCUCCAUUCUUUGAAUGAUGUGAAGAAGCACCCCUGCAUCACAUUCUUCCUUACAAAGGCAUUCCCUAAGAUACAGUACAGACAUAUUGUUUUUGAUAUCGAUCUCGCUACCACGGAGGUCCCACAGGCGCGCAUCAGAAAGGAUGAUAUUCUUCCUCUCAGUAUUGAAAGUCUGUUACACCAUUCCAGUAUUGAGGAUAAUGCAAAAGACAUUGUCAGUUUGGGUGGAUUACCAUUGAUUGUGAAUUUGUGCCGGCAUUUUGAGGAUGAUACCGAUGUUACCAUCAAGUUGGUUAACCUGCUGGCCAACAUCUCUGUGCAGGAUGGUAUGCUUCAUCACUUUUUUGUUACAGGUUGUAUUGGGCUUCUGGCUCAGUGGAAACAGCAUCCCGAUAUCCGACUCUCUGUACCAGCCACUCGUGCAUUGGCCAACCUAGACAUGGAUGACACACCUGAAAUUAAGUUUUCAUCACACCUGCAUUUACUUCAUCCUACCAUGCGCCAUGUUGAUUUACCAAAACUUGAUGUUGUAUUCAUUCACGGCCUCCUCGGUGGAGUGUUCUUUACAUGGCGCCAGCGAGGUCAUGAACACACAAGUCCAAGCAUCUUACAAAAAAGCAGCAGCUCUAAAGGUGGAAGAGACAUAGGCUGCAAUAUAAGUGAUGAGCGGAUGAAGGAAUAUCUGGGAGAUGUGACUGAGUUCAAGCAGGAUGAAUGGGACAUGUUAGGGUCAGAUUUUGAAGUGGUUCUCUCAGACUGCCCAGAGAAUGCAAAUGUUGAGGGUAAAGGACCAUAUUCGUAUAGUGGUUGUCAUCCUUCUGUUCGACAAUCACUGGAGGACCGCAAGACAUUCUCAAUGUGCUGGCCACAUGACUGGCUCCCACAGGACUGUCAUCACUUGCGCAUCAUUGGUGUGAACUAUGAUAGCAAUUUGUCCAUGUGGACUAACAUAUGUCCUGUUGAGAGCAUCACGAGGAACUUGGAAUAUCGCAGCAAGGAAUUGAUGAAGAAACUAACACAGGCUGGUCUUGGCUCACGACCUAUUGUGUGGGUUGCCCACUCUAUGGGUGGACUUCUUGUCAAGUCCAUGCUAACCAAAGCAUCCAAGGAUGGGGAUGAGCAAAUGCGUGGAUUGUGCGACAACACCAAGGCAGUGGUGUUCUAUAGUGUGCCCCACCGAGGCUCACCACUUGUUUAUCUGACACAAGUUGCUCAGCUGCUUUGGUGGCCAUCAGUGGAAGUGCGGGAACUACGAGAGAAUUAUCCAGCACUACUCUGUCUGCAUACUGAGUUUCUGAACUUGGUGGAGAAGGCAAAUAUUGAAGUAAUCAGUUUUGCUGAAACUAAGCCCACACAUAUCUCAUCCCUCCAUCUGCAGCUUAAGUUUGUGCCCACUGAAUCAGCGAAUCCUGGCGUUGGUGAGUUCUUUGAAAUACCGCAAGAUCAUUUCCACAUCUGCAAACCAAACAGUCGACAAUCAUUCCUGUACCAGAAACUGCUGCAUCUAAUUCAGAAGUAUCUACCAGCAGAUGAGUAACCUGGGCUGAUUUUUGUUACAUCUGACUUUGUAACUACUGUACAGGUUGUUAUAUUUUACUGUAUUAAACCAUAUUUGUUGUACUGAUAAAUGAGUUCACUCUG